CUCAGCACCUUUAAAGCGUGUCUUCCUUGUAGCCUCCACCAGCUUUUCCCUGCUACCUUUGCAUCCUGCCUCGCGUCCUCUACAUAUCCUCUACCAGUGCUCCUCCUCUCUGCCUCCCUCACCUCUCUGAAGAAGACAAAGAAGAAGAAGAAGAAGAAGAAGAAGAGAGAGAGAUGGGAAAGAAAGGCCUUCGGAAAUCUAUCCGAGUUUGUCUCUCCAAGCUCAAGAAAGUACCGUCUCAUCUACACAUACCCAAUUCCCCGCAUCCGGCCGCCGCCACUGCUGCCACCAGUUGGCUGUUAUCGGCGUGCAAGUAUCCCAAGACCCCUUCUUUCGCCGUCGACCGCGGACGCGCCGACGACGACGGACACGACCCUGCCGCCACGCUCUCCGACGUCGACCGCUUCCUCUGCGAGAACUUCCGCUCCCUCUACUUGCGCGAGGACGAACCCGCCAACCUCUCCGAAGCGACCCCCCGGGGGGACGAAGACGAGCGCCCGCCACCCGCAGCGUUCUGCUCGUCCGAGCGCUUCUUCGUGUCCUCCGGCGCGUCCAACUCUCUCCACCGUGGGGCCCGGCGGAACAACGCCUCGUCUUCGUGGUCGUCACCGUCGCCGUCGCCGUCGAGCUCUUCUCGGACGAACGAGGCUGGGGCGGAGGCACGAGGAGACGGGGUCGCGGUGGUGACGUUCUCCAAGGACCCCUACGACGACUUCCGGCGGUCCAUGCAGGGCAUGGUGGACGCGCGGCACGUGGAGCCGAACCAGCCUUUGGACUGGGACUUCAUGAAGGAGCUCCUCUUCUGCUACCUUGAGCUCAACGACCGGAAAGUCCAUAAGCACAUCUUGAGGGCCUUCACCGAUCUCACCGUCAGCUUCCGCCGCCGGGCUGCGGCAGAAAGGCGGAGAGCACCGGCUGGUAACAAGGGGAGGAGGAGGAGGAGGAGAUCAGCCCAGAAGGCCGGAGACGUAAGAGAUGCGGCGCCGCGACAUCUUCUGGUAACCGACUGACGUGUAUUGAAUUUGGCAGAUGCAGUGGGGAGGGUGGCUCCACCAUAUGCGGAGCCGCAGAAGAGGAAGAAGAUGCCAUGAUUUCCGGCGGUCCAAGCGGUGUCUGUGUAACGCCUAUCUACUGUACGACUUUGGUAGUCUCAACCGUCAACCAAUGAAACUGAUAACAAGGCAUUUAAUCUUGCUUUGAUGGAAGAAAUCUGAGGAGGCUGCUGGGAAUCCUAAGCUUGUUCUUGUUCUCCCAAUAAUGUGAAUGUUGCACCCUCAUCAGAAAUAACAUGGAUAGAAAACUCAGAUCUGUUCAUGAUAUCAUCAAUCUCAUAUAUAUA